AUGAUUGAGGAAGACGAAUAUACAUCUUUACUAUCGAGACGUCCGUCCCACAGUUUUCUUGAUACUCCAAUAGGCUCUUUUAAAGGACCCAAUUCAUUACACAACUUUGCAAGUUCCUUUACCAGGGCCCAGUCAUUUGCUGCCAACAAAAUUGAUAAUUCCAUUCAUAAAAAAAGAUCCUUUUUUGUUAGUGGUGAUGGUGGAACCGUUGAAGAUGACGAAACUUUUGACCCCGAGUUAUUAGUUCCCUCGUAUCGUGGUGAAAGAUUAAGCACCGUCAUGCACGACAUUCAGAGCAGAAACCAAUUAUUUAUGAACCCUCCCAACCAGUUAGACCAGAGUGUUUCUCCCAACAAUGAUGUGUUUUUCCACGACGAUGUAGUUAAUGCAUUGAACGAAUCUAGAUCAAGACAGAAUUCGACAUUUGGCAAUUCACAAUUUAAACACAGAAUAUACUCGGCCCCGUCCUUUUCGAGCUUUAGAUCUUCAAUAUCGGCUGCCACUACACCUUCAAUUUUCCAGGUCAGAAAAAUAGAAGACGAAGACGGUAAUGUUGUGACUGUAUUGGCUGGUCAAUCAACUGCCCCACAAACAAUUUUCAAUUCUGUUAAUGUUUUGAUAGGCGUGGGUCUUUUAGCUUUACCAGUGGGAUUAAUGAAAGCAGGAUGGAUUUAUGGUAUUCCUAUUUUGUUGAUUUGUGGUUUAACAACCUAUUGGACGGCUUGCUUACUCUCAAAAGCAAUGGACACUGACGACACUAUUAUGACGUAUGCUGACUUGGGAUAUGCUGCAUAUGGCUCAAUGGCCAAGUUGGUCAUAUCUGUGCUUUUUUCUAUUGACUUGUUGGGUGCUGGUGUAUCCUUGAUUGUUUUGUUUAGUGAUUCCUUAUAUGCAUUAUUGGGGGAUGACGAAGUUUGGACAAGGACCUGUUUCAAAAUAUUGAGUUUCAUUGUGCUAACACCGUUUACAUUUGUUCCCUUGCCCGUUUUGUCAAUUAUAUCGUUAUUUGGUAUACUUUCUACAAUUUCAAUUACCAUUUUGGUGAUGGUAUGUGGUUUGAUUAAACCAACUGCGCCAGGAUCAUUGUUGGAGACAAUGCCAACAAACUUAUAUCCCAAAUCGGUGCCCGAUUUGCUUUUAGCCAUUGGGAUCUUGAUGGCACCGUUUGGUGGACAUGCCAUUUUCCCUAAUUUAAAAUCAGAUAUGAGGCACCCAUACAAGUUUACACAGACACUACGCUCUACAUACUCAAUCACCUUGCUAACCGAUUGCUCAAUGGCGGUGUUGGGAUUUUUAAUGUUUGGACAAAACUGUAGUAACGAAGUCACCAACACAUUAUUAACGACCACGGGGUAUCCGAAGUGGUGUUAUCCCUUAAUUAGUGGGUUAAUUUGUUUAGUCCCAUUAGCCAAAACACCAUUGAACGCCAAGCCCAUUAUCUCAACAUUGGAUGUUUUAUUUGGAGUCGACAAUAUUAGCACAAACAAGAUAAGAGAGACAGUGAAUUCGUUAGGAAGAUUUGUGAUUAGAAUUGGUGUUAAUGCUGUUUUUGUUGCGUUGGCCAUUUUGUUCCCCGAGUUUGAUAAAAUUAUUGGAAUGCUCGGAGCAUCUAUUUGUUUUAUUAUCUGUAUUAUUUUGCCAUGCUUAUUUUAUGUUCGAUUAUGUGGCUCCAAAAUUAGAGGUUUGGAAAGAUUUAUGGUUUAUUCCGCUAUUUUCAUUUCCUGCGUAUUAGCAAGUACCGCAACUUGGGCAGUCCUUAAUUAUUGA